GCGCCGUGCGACCUGGCAAGGAGCGGGCGGCCGGGGAUCGGGGGAGUGGUGCCGGGUCCUGGGCAAAACUCUCAUCCCCAGUAGGAAGGGCGGUGGGGAAGCGGGGUUGCCCGUGGCUACCGGCCGGGCGGGAGCGUGCCUGGACCCGCCGAGAGGCCACAGGCAGCGGCAGGUCUGGCUGCGGGGCAGCUUAGAAACUCCAGGCAAAGAAAAGCAGGGGGUGCAAAGGAAAGGAGGCGUGAUGGUUUUGCUUUCGUUUGGCGAGGUCGUGGUGAAAGACCUGGAGGUGCUGCGCUGGAUUUGUGCAGGUGCCGGGGCGGCGGGGGCCGCCAGCCGCGGGCUCUGCGGCGGCGGGGCACCCGACAUCUCCUACCCGGAGCUCAAAGACUUGAAGAAGGCCAACGUUCUCCACAUAGACGUGCGGGAAAGGUGGGAGAUCGACAGGUUCGGGAAAAUACCAGCGUCCAUUAACAUACCGUUGGGUGAAUUGGUGGAAGCCCUGCAAAUGGACCCAGCGGAGUUCGAGGAGCAGUACAACCAAAAGAUGCCAGCCAAGACGGACCCUGUGGUUUUCUCCUGCUUGGCAGGAACUAGAAGUAAACAAGCACUCAAUUUCGCUAUGUCCUUGGGUUUCAGCAGAGUUCAGCAAUAUGCUGGUGGCUUUGAGGACUGGGUAAAACAUGAACCUCCAGAGAAAAAAUGAAGAUGACUACCUCAGCUGUUGCCCCAUUAAGGCUUGACUAUGGUUUGUAGAUUUUAGCAUUCAGACUACGUGCAUUCCACUUCCAGAAUACAGCCCACUCCUGUUUUCUUGUGUAAAUGGACAUUUACCUCCAAAUAGUCAUGCAUAUCAACUGCCUGGUUUGAAUUAUAUCCAAAGACUACAUGAUGCAAACAGAGGAUGUUAAAUUUGUUCAAACUUUACUUUGGGCUGGUUUUUGGUGGAAGUGUAAUAUGUGAACAGAGCCUAAGUGCUUGUUAUGUUUACUAAGAUUUUUGUAUGACUUAGUUUAUGACUGUUUAAACUGAUGAUGAUGGUACAAAUAAAAUUACCCUUUCCCAAAUAA